CAAAAUGGAUGCAUUUUGUAGCGAAUGUACUGGCGGGAGAUUUACAGUAUUUUUGUUAGAAGUGUUGGAAAUUUAUUUUUGUUGGAAUAUGCUUGGCCUUGUCUUGUCCGUAAAAGACACAAGCAGUAAACUUUAAGUAACGUAUAAUUUUAUAUAAGACAAUGUUUAAAGCUAAUGGAAUUGCAUUUCGUUCCAGUUGUAUAAACUUAGACUUUUGUGAAUUGCAUUUAUGGCAAAAAAACUGUUAAUCGUUUCAAGAAUAACUGUUUUCGGAAUUAACGUUGACUUCACCCAGUGCAUUUUACGGCAUUUCUGAUCGGCUUGUCAGUGCAUAAUGAAUAAGAAGAAAGGAGAUAAAGGUUUUGAAAGCCCACGGCCGUAUAAAUUAACCCACCAGGUCGUCUGCAUUAACAACAUAAACUUUCAGCGAAAAUCUGUUAUUGGACAUGUGGAGUUAACUGUAUUUCCAACGGUUCCCAAUUUGAACAGAAUUAAACUUAACAGUAAGCAGUGUAGAAUUUACAGAGUUCGAGUUAAUGACCUGGAAGCAGCUUUUAUUUACAAUGAUCCAACAUUGGAAGUCUGUCACCAUGAGUCAAAACAGAGAAAUCUUAAUUAUUUUUCUAAUGCAUAUUCGGCUGCUGUUAGUGCUGUCGACCCAGAUGCUGGUCAUGGUGAGCUCUGCAUUAAAGUUCCUUCAGAGCUUUGGAAACAGGGAGAUGAGCUGAAAGUACUAAAAGUUUACAUUGAGUUUUCCCUUGAUCAGCCAAAAGGAGGGCUUCAUUUUGUUGUACCAGAUGUAGAAGGCAGCAUAGCAGAGCGAGGAGCUCAUGUAUUUUCAUGUGGAUACCAGAAUUCAACAAGGUUUUGGUUUCCAUGUGUGGACUCUUAUUCUGAACUUUGCACAUGGAAGUUGGAGUUCACUGUUGAUGCUGCAAUGGUAGCAGUAUCCUGUGGAGAUCUUUUGGAGACAAUAUAUACUCAUGACAUGAGAAAGAAGACGUUUCAUUACCUUCUCACCAUACCAACUGCAGCUCCUAAUAUAUCCCUUGCUGUUGGGCCAUUUGAAAUUCUUGUGGAUCCAUAUAUGCAUGAGGUAACACAUUUCUGUUUACCCCAGCUCUUGCCUUUACUCAAACAUUCAAUGUCUUACCUGCAUGAGAUAUUUGAAUUUUUUGAAGAGAUUCUCACGUGUCGAUACCCAUACUCUUGUUUUAAGACUGUGUUUAUUGAUGAAGCCUAUGUACAAGUAUCUUCUUAUGCCUCUAUGAGUAUUUUCAGCACAAAUCUGUUGCACAGUGCCAUGAUUAUAGAUCAGACUCCUUUGACAAGACGAUGUUUAGCUCAAGCGUUGGCCCAGCAGUUUUUUGGAUGCUUUAUAUCUCGAAUGUCAUGGUCAGAUGAAUGGGUUUUAAAAGGCAUCUCUGGAUACAUUUAUGGUCUUUAUUUAAAAAAAACAUUUGGAGUGAAUGAGUACAGACACUGGAUCAAACAGGAACUGGACAAUAUAGUGGACUAUGAGUUGAAGACUGGUGGUGUUUUGCUACAUCCGAUGUUUUCUGGAGGCAAAGAGAAAGACAACCCAACUCCUCAUCUGCAUUUUUCGAUAAAGCAUCCUCAUACUCUUUCAUGGGAAUAUUACAAGAUGUUCCAGCGUAAAGCACAUUUAGUUAUGAGACUUAUAGAGAAUCGCAUUAGCAUGGAAUUUAUGCUGCAGGUAUUCAACAAACUUUUAAGUCUGGCUAGUACAGCAUCAUCUCAGAAGUUUCAGUCACACAUGUGGAGUCAAAUGCUAGUUUCAACAUCAGGAUUUCUAAAAUCAAUUUCCAAUGUUUCAGGGAAAGAUAUUGGACCUUUAAUAAAGCAAUGGGUAGACCAAAGCUCAGUUGUGAAAUUCUAUGGGAGCUUUGCUUUUAACAGGAAAAGGAAUGUCCUUGAAUUGGAGAUAAAACAAGACUAUACAUCACCAGGAACACAGAAAUAUGUGGGUCCUAUAAAGGUAACUGUGCAAGAGUUGGAUGGAUCCUUCAACCACACAUUACAGAUUGAAGAGAACAGUCUAAAACAUGACAUUCCCUGUCAUUCAAAGAGCAGAAGAAAUAAGAAAAAGAAGAUUCCUUUAAUGAAUGGUGAAGAAGUGGACAUGGAUCUGUCUGCCAUGGAUGUUGAUUCCCCAUUGUUAUGGAUACGAAUUGAUCCAGACAUGUCAAUUUUAAGGAAAGUUGAAUUUGAACAGGCUGACUUCAUGUGGCAAUACCAGUUACGAUAUGAGAGGGAUGUUGUUGCCCAAGAAGAAGCCAUAUCAGCUCUAGAGCAAUUCCCAACUCCUGCAUCAAGGCUGGCGCUGACAGACAUUCUUGAACAAGAGCAGUGUUUUUACAGGGUUAGAAUGCUGGCAUGUUUCUGCCUUGCAAAGAUUGCAAGUUCCAUGGUGAAUACAUGGACGGGACCACCAGCUAUGAAAUCUCUGUUUACUAGAAUGUUUUGCUGCAAAAGUUGUCCAAAUAUAGUCAAAACAAACAACUUUAUGAACUUCCAGAGUUAUUUCCUUCAAAAGACUAUGCCAGUAGCCAUGGCUUUACUGAGAGAUGUACACAACCUUUGCCCCAAAGAAGUUUUACAUUUUAUUUUGGAUUUGAUAAAGUACAACGACAACAGGAAGAAUAAGUUUUCCGAUAAUUAUUAUCGUGCCGAACUGAUUGAUGCCCUUGCCAACUCGGUGACACCUGCUGUCAGUAUAAACAAUCAAGUUCGCACUUUGGACAGUUUAAAUGCCGAUGUCAGGCUCAUUCUGGAGGAGAUUACCAGAUUCCUGAACAUGGAGAAGCUACUUCCAAGCUACAGACACACCAUCACUGUUAGUUGUUUAAGAGCCAUUCGGGUUCUGCAGAAGAAUGGCCAUAUUCCUAGUGACCCAUCUCUCUUCAAAUCUUAUGCUGACUAUGGCCACUUUGUGGAUGUUAGACUCGCUGCUUUGGAAGCAGUGGUUGAUUACACCCAAGUUGACAGAAGUUAUGAGGAACUUCAGUGGCUGCUUAGCAUGGUGCAGAAUGAUCCUGUUCCUUACGUAAGGCAUAAGAUAUUGAGCAUGUUGGGUAAAAAUCCACCAUUUACAAAGAAUGAGGAGUCCCCUCUGUGCAGUGAGGAUCUUGUGGAUCACCUGUGGAAAUUGAUGAAUUCAGGUACAUCUCAUGAUUGGAGGCUGCGUUGUGAUGCAGUGAACCUUUAUCACACACUGUUUGGCCUGAGUAGACCAUCUUGCUUGCCUUUGCCGGAGCUUGGGCUGGUCCUCAAUCUUAAAGAAAAAAAGGCAGUUCUGAACUCUACAAUCAAACCUGAAUUGGGGGCUACUUAUACAGAGCUGACAAAUAAUCCUGCAAUUCUUGGACAGAUGAUCAUCUUUCCAAACAGUGAAGAUGAAAAUCUCAGCAGUGAAGUAUCAAACAAUGUUCCAGUCUUAUUUCAAGGAGUGAAGAGAAAAGCUGAUACUCCACUCGGAUCACCACUUGAACCUGGCCAGUUCUCAAAUUCACAGGAAGACGAAGAUAUUGAUAUGGACACAGUUCAUGACAGCCAAGCAUUUAUAUAUCACCAUUUAAACAUGCUCGAAAGACCAUCAACUCCAGGGAAAGAACCUCCUACUACAGACCCUGCUAUGGUGUCAAUGCCAGCAACUCCUUUAUCUGUGUUUGGGAAAGAUCCUCAUCCCACUUCAAAACACAGUGAUCAUCACCAUCAUCAUCACCACCACCAUGAGCACAAAAAGAAGAAAAAGAAACACAAACACAAGCAUAAACAUAAACACAAACAUGACAGUAGAGAAAAAGAAAGGGACAGAGACCAGAUUGCUUUUCCUAGCAGCCCUGCUAGUGGACACUCAAUUCAAUCACCUUCCCUUUCUGAUUAGAGGAAAGUUAUUUGUACAGUAGUUUGUGUACUUUUUCAACCUUACAUGUACAUAUUCUGCCCUAAUAUGUCAUGCCAGUAGGGAAUGUGUUGCUUUAAUAGUAUUUUACAGUUUUUUGAAUUUUUGUUUUCUUUUCUGUUUUUAAAUGAUAUGAAAGUAAAGCAUUCAUUCUUUAAAGAAGGCUAUUCAGAGCCUUAAUGCCAUCCAUAGUUCACUGGCACAAUUAUUUUAUUGUUAACA